AUGUCCGGGGCUAACUUGAAGACCACGGAUUCUUCUUCAAAUACUGCUUUCACUGCUCUACAUUUUUCCUACCACGCUAAGUACGGGGUUAGCGGCAAAAACGCGCCAACAAAUGUUCAUCCCCAUCUACUUAGAAGAACAGAAGAAAAGAGAACGAAUACAGCUCAGUUUCACGUAUAUGCUUCAACAGAUAUGAGAAGGUAUCCAGAACCCUACGAACUUCUGUGUAUUGCCUUAGAAGAUACUCUGGAAUAUAUAGCCAACAAGACCUUGGUUCGACUACCAGAUUUUUUUGAAGGUUUAGAGGGGGAAAUUGACAUUGUACCCCUAUACGACUCAACUCCUGGACGCCCUUUCAGAAGCAUCGUAAUCAAUCUCAACUGCGCCACCUUGGCUCAUAAAGAUCAGCAAGAUCAAAAAGGUUGUAUAGUUCUAGUAAUCAGUAGUUGCUCAGGCGGGGAAUUGUGUUUUUUUGAGCCAAAGUUGGUGCUGGAAAUGUUUAACGGGGACUUUGUGGCUUUUCCUUCAAGACGCUACACUCAUUUCAAUCUUCAUUAUCAGGGAAUCAGAUCUUCUCUAGUAUUACAUUCAGAUAAAGAUGGGGAAUCCUACAAGAAAGAUGGAAAUGGCUGGGUUCACAACGAUUUCGUGUUGUAA